CGAGGUUGCCGUCAAGGGUGCCCAACACAACUCCGUGAACGCCAGCCCCACCCGAAAUGUCUGCAAGGGACCCGGGUUGAUCUCCUCAAAUAUAUCCAUGAAUUACUGGACGACCCAGAGAAGAAUCAACUCAUUUGGCUGCAUGGUAUGGCUGGUGUCGGAAAGUCUGCCGUUGCGUUUACAGUUGCCGAAAAGAUGAGAAGUCUAAAAGUGACCGAAGAGACGAAUAUUGAAAAGCGGCUAGCGGGAACAUUCUCUUUCUCGCGCAAGCACACUAAACGUUGCACGGCUGGAUAUUUCUUUGCAACGCUUGCCUACCAGCUUGCCACCAAUUUUCCAAGCGUCCGGCAGGAUGUGAACAGAGCCAUCCGCAACAAUCCCGCUCUACUAGAUCCAGACACGUCUCUCUGCGACCAGAUGGAGGCUCUCUUUCUCCAACCCCUCCGGAAACUUCGACCCAGAUUACGUGGAUGUCCGCCUUUGUCGUUUGUUGUCGAUGCGUUUGAUGAA